UGAGAGCCCUCUGAGAAUCGAUUUAGUCAGCAGGAAUGCACACACGGAAAUAACCAAAAGAUAAAUUGCAACAUAACAAUCAUUGACAAAUACAAUCGUUACAUUUAUAAAAAUGAUAAGAGCGAUAAGAGUAAAUUUACACACGUCAUGAUAUUUAAUCUUUCGCAAGUAAAUCUGUGAAAGAUAUAUAAGUGAUAAUUCAUGUUAGAGGAAGGAUUUGUGUUUAGAUUUAUGUAUUAUAUUAUAUUUUCAGUAUUUUUGGAAUAUUUCGAAAUAGUCGCUGCAAUAAUUUUCUAGCUAAAAUCCACGUUAAUCGCAAAUAUCAAUAAUGACUGAAAUAAUUGUACGGAGAGCUAGACGUGAAGAUUGUGAAGCCAUCAUGAUGCUCAUACAGGAAUUAGCAGAUUAUGAGAAGAUGCCUGAUGGGCCAAAAAUUGAUUACAAAACUUUAGAAAGAGAUGGCUUCGAGGAACAAUUAUUUCUCUGUAAUGUGGCAACAUUUAAUGAAAAGGUCAUUGGUUAUACUAUCUUUUAUUAUGUCUAUUCUACAUGGCGUGGUAAAGUUAUGUUUCUAGAGGAUAUUUACGUGACACAAGAGUUUCGAGAGAAACAUGUUGGCAUCAAGCUUCUGAAAGCUGUUGCAAAAGAAGCAGUUGAGAAUAAUUGUAGCAAGUUGGAUUUUCUUGUUCUCAACUGGAACCCGGCACAGGAGUUUUAUAAAAAAUAUGGAGCUAGUGAUAUGACAUCUAAAGAACAGUGGCAUUAUUAUAAUUUCUCCGAUGCAAAUUUGAAAAGACUAGCAUCUGAUUCUGAAUAACACAAAAAUCAAAAUCAAAUAUCUUGAUGUACUAUAUUGAUAAUAA